UGUACCCCCUUACCAUUAGUGCGCAUUUCCUAUUGGCAAGAGGGAGUGAGAAGUAAACAGAGGAGAGAGGGAAGAGUGUGUGUGAGAGAGAAGCAGUGAGUGUGUUACAGUGAGAACAGAGUAAGAGACUACAGCGAAGGGGGCGAGAGGCAUCUUCACCGGGGUUCAUCACUGCGCACUGUCGAGCACGAGAGAUCGCUUUCUAGCGCAGCAUGCCCAAGAAGGUUAAAAAAGUGGACUGUGGACGAAGCUAGGCUACUGGUUGAAAUCUCCGACUCGCUGAUGGACUGUUAGAGAGAGAGCGCAGUGAGAGGUGCCAGUCGUGCGUGCACGGAACGGACCCUGGAGAAGAAGCUGAUGCAUUGGGGAAAGUUACCAACUGUGGAGAUGCUUUGUUAACUGAGAGUUUACAAACUGUUCGGACCAUUCAGAGUCAUUUCUUUGAACUGGAUGCUAUUAUAGACGAAUCUCAGUGCUUAUCCGUCCGGUGAUAUCUCGUUGCCGCGGUGGACCAUAUCAGCUCAGUCACACAGACGGAGCGAGUGAAUCCUUCCACGCAGCACAAUCAGCGGGGCUACUAACAUGACGGCAUUAUACCUCAUCUUUUGCCUUAUGGUCACAGCAGCCACCCAAGCAGCCUACUUCUCCCAGCAGCCCCAGGACCAGGUGGUUGUAUCCGGUCAGUCAGUGACUCUACCCUGUGUCAUUGUGGGUUAUCGGGGAAUGGUACAAUGGACCAAAGAUGGCCUCGCACUGGGUGGAGAGAGAGACCUACCAGGCUGGACCCGCUAUUCCUUAAUGGGCGACCCGCUAUCAGGCGAGCACAGCUUGCUGAUCGAUUCGGUAGAGUUGGAGGAUGACGCUGUGUAUGAGUGUCAGGCUACACAGGCGGCAUUGCGCUCCCACCGUGCCAAGCUCACUGUACUAGUUCCUCCUUCAGACCCUGUGGUAGAGGGUGGCCCUGUUGUACGUCUGAAGGCCCACACACCACACAAUCUCACCUGCAGAGCCUCAGGAGCCAAACCUGCUGCUGAGAUCACCUGGUACAGAGAUGGAGAGGUCAUGGAGACUUCAAUUUAUUCCAAGACACUGAUGGAGGAUGGAAAGAAGGAGUCGGCUGUCAGCAUGCUUCCAAUCGUCCCCGAGGAUAGCGACUCUGGACGCACCUACACCUGCAGGGUUCUUAACCCAGCCGCCCCAGCUGGACGACAGACAUCGAUCACUAUCAAUGUCCAGCACCCUCCUUCAGUGACACUAUCAGUCCAGCCUCAGACUGUGACUGAGGGAGCCAAAGUUCUCUUCAUCUGCUCUGCUUCGGCCAAUCCUGAAAUCACUGGAUACAGGUGGUCGAAAGGAGGAGUUCCCAUCUCUGAAGCAAAUGGGGACAGCCUUGAGGUGACAGUGGACUACUCUUACUUCACAGACCCCGUGUCUUGUGAGGUGUCCAACUCUGUGGGCAGCACUAAUGUCAGCACCCUGGUUGAUGUCCAAUUUGGCCCCAGACUGCUGUCAGAGCCAAAGCCAAUGACAGUGGAUAUCGGGAUGGAUGCAGCUUUUACUUGUGCAUGGACUGGAAACCCUCCUCUGACCCUGGCCUGGACCAAGCAGGGCUCCAGCGUGGUGCUCAGUAAUGGCAACACCUUGCAGCUGAAGGCUGUUACCCAGGAGGAUGCUGGAACAUACACCUGCAAGGCCAUCGUGCCCCGGAUAGGAGUUGCAGAAAGAGAUGUCACUCUUACUGUAAAUGGCCCACCUAUCAUCACAGCGGAUGCCACGCAGCAUGCUGUCAAGCACUCCAAGGGCAAGCUGGAGUGCCGAGUGGGAAGCAGCCCCCCGCCUGAUAAGAUUGUGUGGACCUUUGGAGACAUGAGCCUGUCCUCAGGUACCACCGGUCGUUAUUCAGUGCAGACAGUAACCAGCGACCAUGGAGUCAUGUCUUCCCUGGUGCUGUCUGAGACGCUGGCGCAGGAUUUUGAGUUGCGCUACAACUGCACCGCAUGGAACCGCUUCGGCACCGGCACCGCCCUGGUCACCCUGAAGGAGCAAGAAGCCCUGCCUAUGUUGAUAAUUAUUGGUGGAGCAGUAGGUGGAGGCUGUGUCCUGCUCAUCUGUGUCAUCACUCUGGUCUCCCUCUGCUGCAGGCACACAGGCAAAGGUGAGCUCAACGGUAAAAGGUGUACUCGUCUUUCCAAGAGUGACAUCAGAGUUCAGAUUGUUCACAGUGAUCACAACGCAACACGUGGCAAUGAUGAUGAGGAGGACGUCAAAGAGCCCAUGGCACCGAACAGCAGCGAGUCUCCUGGAACAUCGCGCACAGAACACAGCGACCUCUUGGAAGAGGAGGAGGAUGAGAGAUCGGACAUCAAGGACCCCACCAAUGGCUACUACAAUGUCCGUGGCCAUGAAGACCGGCAUAUCCGCAGCAGUGGAUUCUCUGAAUAUGUGCCCAACACUCGGCCAGUCUACACUCCCUCACAGCUGCCCUCCCCCAGCCCCAUGUAUGGUCAGCAUGGCACCCAGCCUCGUGCCUAUGACUUCUCCCAACGAUAUGCAACUACCACAGCAGGCAGAACCGCAUAUGAACAGCAGCAAGCUGCCCAACAGCAGCCCACCCAGCCAGCCAGCAUUUAUCCCACUGAUCCCCUCUACAGUGGCUCUGCCUACCUCCCUGCUACCUAUGGUCGAGCCUUCACCAGCUACGUUAAGCCCGCUUCCUACGAAAAGGUGGAUGGGUAUGACCAAUCAGAUCAGGCCAGCAAAGUGUCCAGCUCGUCUCGCUUCUCUUAUGCCUCCUCGCAAGUAUCCUCCCAGCAGUCUGACUAUGGCCGUCCUUCACAGCGUAUGCAGACGCAUGUUUGAUUGGACCAAAGAACUGGAAAAAAAGGAGUACAGGAGCAGUGAGUAGAUAACCAUUGUCACCUCCACUUACAAGUGUGGUUGGACUAACAUGAACAAAGACUUACUUUAAUCGGACGGUCCUUCAAGGAUAUGUUUGGAGGUAGCCAUAUGGUUUACGGGGGUUAUGGAUAACCAACCUUUAUUUGUUGUGAUGGAUGGCGUGAUCUACAAUAUUGCUAACUGUAGAGGUCCUGAGCUGGAGAAUUCAGCAGAUUGUGAUGUUCAAGUCAAACUUAUGAUUACAGUGUGAUACCUCACCAGGUUAUCUCUAUAUGAUGACCACCCAAACCUGUGAAGAUAUUCUGUCAGUGCAAGGGCCAACUAGAAAAUACAUCAAAUGCAUUUCUCAAAUUUGGGUGGCCAAAAUGUUUACUUGCCUCUCAGAGUUUACUUGCCUCUCAGAGUUUACUUUAUGUCAAUCAUCACCUCUAAAAUACUUUAAAAGAAGAUAUUACAAGUGAAGACA